AUGACUACCAUUGCUGGCUACCGCUGUUGUAAAACUGGAGACAACCGAAGGGGCAGUGGUAAUACCCAAGUCGAAACAGCUCGCCGUAGCGUGACUCUUCGCAUACGACACCAAGAAUCACCACCAGCGACUCUUGUAUUUGCCUUAGUUAUCCGAAAUCUAUCUUUAAAGAUUCCUUCAUCCCCGGUUUCAAAACAAACGUGGCCUCACUUAAACGGUCUCAGUCUAGCAGAUCCAGACUUUAGAGUACCUCGAGAGAUCGAUAUAAUUUUGGGUGCCGAUAUCUACGGCUCGUUAAUUCGAGACGGAGUUCGUCGUGGACGUCAAAAUGAACCAAUUGCUCAACGAACCGUCUUUGGUUGGACAAUCCUUGGACCACACUGGUCAGCAGAAGUUCCGAACCAUGUCGCUUCACCUAAUGUCACUGCAAUGCGCGUCAAAUCUCACGACGACCUUGUCGAGUUGCUGGAACGAUUUUGGGUUCAGGAAGAGAUCGCAGACCCAGUAAUCCCGGAGAACGAUCAUGAGUGUGAACGAUUGUUUCAAACUGAGCAUUGCCGUGACGUCGGUGGAAGAUAUACUGUAAGGCUUCCUCGUCGUUCGACACUCAAUUUUUCAAUGGGAGAAUCGCUAACUACUGCCAAGCGUGUACUUUCUUCCAUGUUACUUCGCAUGAAAAAAGAACCUCGUCUGUCGACGGAGUACACACAGUUUAUGACGGAGUAUGAACGACUUGGUCAUAUGAGACCCAUUAGCGAUGAUGUUGCGAUGAGGAGCGAAGCACCUGUCUAUUAUAUCCCGCAUCACGCAAUUUGGCAAAGUGCUGAUGGACGUCCUAAGAUAAGGGUGGUCUUUAAUGCUUCAAAACCCACAUCUCACGGAACCUGCACUAAUACCUUGCUACACUCAGGACCGAAAUUGCAAAACGAACUAACAACCGUCUUAAUGCGAUGGCGAUUCUUCCGCAUUGUCUUUUGCGCCGACAUCGAAAUGAUGUAUCGCCAGGUACGGGUACAUGAGGCGGACGUUGACCUUCAGCGGAUAGUAUGGAAACGUCCAGGCGAACAGAAGCUCACACACUUUCAAUUGCUCACCCUUACCUAUGGUGUUACUUGCUCUCCCUAUUUGGCAAUCCGAGUGUUGCACCAAUUAGCAGAUGACGCAGGAGAUCGUUUUCCGGUGGCAGCCAAAAUCAUACGAGACAACACUUACGUUGACGAUUUUCUAGCAGGAGCUGACAGCGAAGAAGAAGCGCUGGAGUGUCGUGAUCAACUGAUUGCGAUAAUGAACUCUGGAGGAUUUCACUUAAAGAAAUGGAUAUCGAACUCUCCGUCCCUCCUAGAUACGAUUCCCAGUAGUCACCGAUUACGUCCCAGCUGGCGCCAAAUCGAGAUGGACGGACCCGUUGGAGCGUUGGGAAUUUCAUGGGAUCCGAUCAGCGAUGAAUUUCGUUUCAAACCCCUCGACAUUACGCGUACUGAUACACCGACUAAGAGAAGCAUCCUUGCAACAGUGGCUCGUUUAUUUGAUCCUGUCGGAUGGCUGGCUCCUAUAAUUAUUGUCGCGAAGGUCCUAAUGCAAGACUUGUGGCGAAACCAACUUGACUGGGACGAUCACCUGCCGGCAACACUAACCCAAAGAUGGCUUGCCUUUAUCGAUCACUUGCCACUUCUCUCAAUGAUACGAUGUCCACGCUGGAUCGGGACUCAACCUGAUGAUUUAAUUGAACUCCAUGGCUUUGGCGAUGCAAGCGCCAUUGCGUAUGCUGCAGUGGUGUUCUUGCGGAUUCGAAAAUCAAAUGGAACAUUUCUAUCCAGAAUCGUUGCCUCAAAAACACGAGUAGCACCAGUAAAAACUAUCUCUAUCCCACGUUUGGAGUUGUGUGCUGCCGUGCUGGUAAUCGAGCUUCUUACGCGCGUUAUUACUGAACUGAGGUUGUCCGACUCUUCUAUUUACGCCUGGUCCGACUCACAAAUCGUGCUUCAUUGGCUUAGGUCUUCUGAUCCAUCCCGGUGGCCAGUUUACAUUGCCAAUCGAGUUUCAAAAAUCCAACGAUCUCUACCAUCGGUUUUGUGGCACUACAUCCCAACGAAGGAAAACCCUGCCGACAUUGCGACUCGUGGUACCGACCCGGGAACGCUUUCUGCAAUGAGGUUGUGGUGGCACGGUCCUUCGUGUCUAGAGCAGGAAGAUAGUGGAUGGCCGCUCAAUCCACCAUUCGAAGAACCAUCCUUUUCUCAGUCACAGACAAGCGAACUACCAUCAACAGUGCUCAUUGGUCAUCUCAAAACUGUUAAUGAACCGUUCUCACAGUUUUCCACUCUGAUGAAACUUCUUCGUUGCACCGCAUGGUGCAUGCGAAUAAAACAGUUACUUUUCUCUCGUCUUGCUGAGUGGAGCUGA